GGAGACAGCAACAGCCGCAGUGAGUAAAAACAUUGAAGAGAAUAAGGUUAGGCUUCGUGUUUGAACAAGCAGAAGAAUGAUUUGCCAUUUGCCGCCGAUAUCCUGCAUCAUGCUCCUGCUAGGGAUGUGUCAGGCAAAACUUGAAUUUGCUGAUAACUCCACAGACCGUGACCAGCGUAACAUACUGCUGUAUCAGUCUCUGUUCAUGCCUCCACGCCGACACCAAUCCAGCAAUAAUGUGAACACAAACAGUGAGGCAGAGAAUGGAGCAACAACUCGCAUAGAGAGUAUGGCAUGUCGGGCACUGGAUGGGACAACUGGAAUGUGUUACUCUAAGAACGAAUGUGCAGAGCUAGAUGGCAGGAGUGUUGGGCUCUGUGAUGACGAUGCUGGAGAUGAUGGUCCUGUCUGCUGCAUAGUUGAGAAGAGCUGCCGCAACAUAACACGACAGGCAAUCUCCUACUUUGUGAACCCAAGCUACCCUGACAGAGAUCGCCUUGGUUCCUUCUGUGAUUUCCGCAUUGAUAUCACCAACAAAAAUGUCUGCCAAGUCAGGCUUGACUUAGAUGAAUUCUCAUUGCUGGGGCCACAUACAACUAUGGGAAUCUGUCGAGGUGAUCGCUUUGUGGCGAUGACAUCACUGCCGAACGGCAUAGGAAUAUCAGAGCUGUGUGGUGAAAAUGCUGGACAGCACUUGUAUGUUCCUGUGGAUGCAACAGUAGGCAGUGCCUCUCUCUCUCUUAUGGUGAUGACAUCUGGUGCUAAGGCUUACCAGUGGCGUAUCCGAGCAACUCAGAUCGAUUGCAGGACCACACCUGAGCUUGUAGCUCCUAAUGGAUGUCUGCAGUACCACACAGACCUCAGUGGUAACAUCAGGAGCUUCAACUAUGACCCCGCAGAUGGUGGUCACUACCAGAGCAACCUGGAGUAUGCUAUCUGCAUCCAGCGAUCCCCAAACACAUGUCGUGUUGAGUUCAACCAAAGUGAGAAUUCUGUCUUCUGGAUUAACUCAGCAGAUGGCAUGUAUCUAGAAGAAGGAGUGGGUCGAGCAGGCACUGCAGCUUGUGAUCUCAACUCUCACGACUACUUAUACAUCCCAGGUGGGCGAGAUGGGAGUGACAUGCAACCUGGAGGAACUUUCUCUGAACCCACAGCAGACAAAUUCUGUGGGCGCAGCUUGUCAGGACUUGCAGUGACUGAGAAUGCAGAUCACAUGAGAUCUGGCUAUGUGCUGGACCCACCAGACAACAAUACUCUUGCCUCCACUAUCACAAGUUAUGCAGCAGGUCCAAUAAUUCUCCGCUUCCAUUCAGAUGACAUCGUAGAACCAGAACAAGAACUUGGCUUUGAUAUCACAUAUCGACAACUGGCUACAGGUUGCAUACGUGCACUGAAAUGAGUCUCUUCACCUCUGAUAAUGCAGAUGGCUGUUUGAUCCAAUAUAUAAAGGGGCAUAUUUCUUGACAUUAGAUUUUGUUUGCUUACAAGUGAAAUUAAUGGAGUUUUUACAGCUUUUUAAUAAAUUAAAAUAAUCCAUUAAAUAUGACAAGGAGCAGUGAAGUAGUAGUUUAAUGUUGUUCAGAGUAUAAGUUUUCUAAUCAGGAAUAGUUCCCUCUUCAUGCCUUCCACAUACAGUGACACCUCCAUUUAAGGCUUCUUUGGGGAGCAAUGGAGUUGAGCACUAAACUGAGGAAAGUCUUAAACAUAACAAAUUUAACACACAUUACUAACUUGGGAUAACUAAGCCCUUUAUUUUGAAAAGGGCAAGCCAGUAAUUUGGAUGUACUCACAUUUUGUGGAUUUGGGCUCAUCAAAGCAAACCUACAACAGAUCUGAAAAUGACUUGAGCCAUGUGUUCAAUCUGUUAAAUACAGUAGGUUAAUUGCUACAUUUUUUGACCAAUGCAAUGUUCAAAAUAAACAUACACAAUCUCCAGCAGAUUAUUUUGCAUUGUUUGUUAUUAUGUCCGUUUUUAAACAGCUGAUAAGAAUGUCUAAUAAAUUUUGUUAAAUAAAACAUGAUUACUAGUUUACAUCCUGUUUGUUUUCUAUAGAGGCAGUGUUUUUCUUAAUGAAGUGUAUUGAUACAUAGUAAGAGUGCUAAUAUUGGGUUAGUUUUGAAAGUCAGGAGAACGAAUAACUUUCGAAUAGUAAGAUUUUGAAACAAAAUAUUGCUUCAUUAUUAUAUAUUUUGUUGCAUUUGUAAAACCAGUGCUUGCUUUUUUUAAUAACAUGUAUGACAUUUGGACAGUUUCAGAAAGAGCACAAAACAUGAAGGAAAAAUGAUUUGUCACAAGUGUAAGAUUCCGAAAUAAAAUUUACAUACAAGACAGUGUGCAGACAGGUGUACUACAGAAUUUAUCUGUAAGAAAUGGUAACUUUAGACAUUAGUGGCAACCACACAAACAGUUUUCUGUUUCUGCUCUAAAGUUUAGUUUCGUUAACUCAUGCCCUUUUCAGAAUAAAUGAUUCAGUUCAGACUGAUCAGUAAAUGAGGGAAAACUUUAAAUUACUGAACAAUG